AUGCAGCCUUCAGAUGAUACCUUGACAAUCAACAAGCUCGACGUAUAUGAACAGCAUAAAGAGUUGAUUUUACUUGGAGAGAGGGUUGUUCUUGCAACUCUUGCUUUUGAUCUUAAUGUAAACCAUCCAUAUAAACCGCUGGUUGAGGCAAUAAAGAAAUUGAAAGUAGCUCAUAGUGCCCUUGCUCAAGUUGCAUGGAAUUUUGUUAAUGACGGGAUCAAAUCAGGUGGUAACAAUUUGACUUUAAAAGGAUGGCCCCUCAUAAAUGAUUUUUGCAAGUCUAUGGGAAUAUUACGACUUAAUGUGCUUCGAACUUAG